ACCCCUUACUAACUCCCUAUAAAUAUCCAUGUGUAACCAAUGAGUCUUACACAUCACACAAUUAUUUGAAAGAUAAAUAAUUAAAAGCAAUGGAGGGAAAGAAUAUGCUCAAGUUAUCUCAUGUGCUUGCUUUCUUGCUUCUUGCAUCAUUUUUUCAAUCACUGAUGGCAAGAGAUUUGAGUGAUGGCAUAGAAGUACUGGAAAUUCUGGAAAAUGAAAUCCAAAAUGUAAUUUGCCCAGGUAAGCAAUCAUGGCCUGAACUUGUUGGGAAGUCAGCAGAAUAUGCUAAGAAAAUAAUUCAGAAGGAAAAUUCCAUAGUUCAAGAUAUUAGGGUUUUAUAUCCUGCAAACAUACCGUCGUCUUCAACUCAACCGCAACUCUAGCCAGUCUUCAUUACUCCGGAUU